AUGGGCCGCGGUGGUGGAAAAUUGAACAUGCAACUCAUUGCCGAUGAGAGAUCUCGCAGAGUUACGUUUUUAAAGAGAAAGAAAGGCAUUCUCAAGAAAGCUUUUGAGUUCAAAACCCUUUGUGGAGUAGAUAUGUGCUUGAUAAUCUACGGCCCAAAACAGUCUGAUCGGCGGCCUACAGAAUUCCAUACAUGGCCAGAUAACCCAGAUGAGGUUAAUAGCGUCAUUGGAAAAUUCAAGCUCAAUAACAAACCAGCCUCCAAAAUGUACACCUUGUCUGAUUGGUUGCAUGAGCAAAAGGGCAAGGUGGAUGCAAAAAUCUCCAAACUGAGGAGUGAUAUGUAUGAGACCAAGUACCCUACCUGGGACGACCGCAUCAAUGAUUUUUCAGAAGAUCAAUUGGAGGAGCUUUUGAAUGUGCUGGAUCAAAAGAUUGAAUCCGGUAAGAGAACUCUAAAUAAUUUGAUACCACCUCCGAUAAUGCUUCUAGGAGGCAACCAUGUUGCCGGUGCAACUGGCCAAAAGCUCUCUAAUCACAUGCAAAAUUAUGCACACUACCUUGGUGAAUAUGAGGACCAAAAGCCAAGCUAUAUGAGUAUGAUGGAUAUGCACAUGCCUUUCUCUGAUCAGUCUAGUAGCUAUUCUCAAAUGUUUCAAUAUGAUUCAAAUCUGAAUUCGAUGAUGACUAAUCCGUUAAUUGGAUAUCCAAGCACUCAUUUUGACACAAGUGGGGCGAAUCAGAUGAUCCAGUCUCCUGCUGAGAAUAUGAUGAUGUUUAAUGGUGUUGCAAGUUCCUCCAUGAGCCGGUAUUCUCAGCUAAUACAGAAGUCUCUGUCGUACACUCCGUACCCCAUGAGUAUUUCAAGAAUUUCAUCACAACUAGAAACUUCUCAAGUUGAAGAUGGUGAAGAUAAUGAUCUGAUCCAUAACAAGACGGUUUGA